CCUGAUCGUUACGCGGAAGCGUUGGUACGCGCACCACACGCACACAUACACUCCAGAAUUACAUAUACGCUGUGAUUGACUGGUUCAGCUGCUGCCGCCGUCGUUGCUCCCACCACUGCCUCUUCCUCCUCCUCCUCCUACUCCUCCUCCUCCUCCUCUUCCUCCUCCUUCUACUCCUCUCCCUCCUCCACUGCCGCCUCCAACACAAGAGAAAAAAACUCGUGGCAUUCCAUUGACGCGGCCGAGGAAGAGCAACAAGUUGAUUGAAGGAAAUUAAAAGAGAUUGAUGCGUGGGUGUCAAUUGCAUGCAUACUACCGUUUACCAAUGGACAUACAAAGGCGCAGCAGCGCAAGAACGCAUUGUGUGAUCGUCGUCUCGACCUUAGUGAGAGAAGAGCGUGAACAAAUUUGCUUGUCAUUUCUGGCAUCAUCAGUGAAAUCAAACCGAUACGUUUGUUAAGAUCCAGAGUCAAUUGUCCGUUAGAAAUGACCGAGGUUUAUGAGAGACUGGGUACAGAUCUUAUAACCACUUGUAGAUUUCGUGCAUAGACGAUAUUCAACCCUCGGCCACGGAUAUGGUUGUCACAGGUGUCACGAUGACAGCGUGAAGUUGAACGAUAUUCUCCUCUCAAUUGUCAGUCGCUGGCAAAGUGUGAAACGCGGCACAAAGUUGAUCUUCGAUCCCCAUUGUGCGGGAGGACACACUUACUAAGUAAGAAAGGCAGUCACUCAACUUCCUGGAAAUUCGAUCUUCCGGUGUCAGUGUGUCAGGACAACAUUCAGGUGUGCUACCUAACCUUUCGGGCUUAGUACUUACUCACUUACCUCUCCACCAGAAACGAUUGAUCGCUGACCUGACCCUUCACCAGAUCCUGAGGCCGAAUGUGCUGAUGGCGCUGUGAAACACGUGUAGAAAUACCAUUAUUCGCAGCGGGUUCUCUUCCGAAAACCUGUCGUGGCCGAUCUCCGUCAGCAUCCGGAAACACGAAUUGCGCUGCAGUCUGUGAGUGUGUGUGUGUGUGCACGCUGAUAUACAUUCCGGGAGAAUUUGCACGCUACUCUCAAGAAAGAAGCGAUCGAAAAUCUAUCUGGACGUUCUGUACAAAGCGAAAUUUUCUCUGGUAAUUAAUCGCGGUAAAUUAAAGAAAAGAAACCUGAAAAAAUGAGGUAACGAGGGAAGUAUUAAACGGAGCAUUGAUUCAUCACAGAUAAUUAUCUUGUGCGCUAUCAUUCGAAACCAGCCACAUUAAAGGAAAAGCCGAGGUCAAUAAAACUCGGAAAACUGUUAUCGUGGUCAUCACGAUCAUCCUCAUUAUCAUCAUCAGGAGAGGUGAAGAUAAGAGGCGCUGAAAGACGAAGGUGACGACAUCCAGAUGAAAGAGCGCGAACCCUGGUCGUGGGACCUCUUUCAAGUGGGCGGGUGCUAACCUGCCUCCAAAGACGGGCCUGGCUAAUUGAAGCCGCCGAUAAAACAAUGGGACACCCUCCAGCUACGGUAAGAUGAUCCGGUAGGUGGCGGUAUCUCUUGGACUUGACGGAGAACCAGUCCAACAGCUUCCAGUUACCUUUCCGCCAAUUGAGACUUGACUCGGCCUGCCGAGAAUAAUAAUAAUAGAUAAGGAGGAGAGGAGAAGCGCGAGUUCUUAGUGGAAAAGACGUAGGUAAGACAGUGCAACGCGCGAACGCAUCUCGUUGUCGGUGACUUCUGAUCAGAAAUGUGACGUCAGUGGUCCUAAUGGAGUGCCGACCCGCGGAGCUCACCCAGUUUUUGAGUUUAGCUGGAAACUAAAUGAAAGUGUGAAAGUGCAGCCGACCGCGAAAAGAAGAGGAGGCUUUUAAGCGUGACAGAACGACUGCCGUGACAUCAACGGCUUCUGCUUCUGCAGCCACAGCGGCGGAAGCAGCAGCAGCAGCAGCAGCAGGCGACUGGCGGGUAGGAGGAAGAAGGUGUAAGAAAAGGCCGCUGGAGAGAGGAUGGCCGGAGUCAUGUACCAAGGAUACGCUUCGUAUUUGCAGGCCUAUCAGCGCCACUCCAACCCCUACUGCCCCACCACGCCCUUGGCACUCAAUCACUAUGACAAGAAGUACCGGCUCCAGGACGCCGCGGGCGGAGGGUCCUCACAGCCACCAACGCCAGACCUCCAACAGCAACAGCAGCAGCAAUUCGCUGCAGCGACGCCUUCCACGAGCAGCUCCAGCUCUGCUUUACCCAAUCAGCAAACAGCAGGUGCAGCUGUCGGUGCUUCGACAGCGACGACGCCUUCUACUGCCUCUGCUGCAGGUGCACCGUCAGCAGCAGCAGCAGCAGCAGCAGCAGCGGCAGCUCCUGCAGCAGCGCACGCGUCGGUUUGUUCUUCGCCAGUAGCCUCGCAACAACAGCAACAGACACAACAACAAGCUCAGCAACCUCAGCAAUCCGUUUCGCAUUCUGCCAAAUCAGACGAAAAGGGUGAACAGCAUGCAGACGCCCACUACAUUUCGGCGAACUGUGUCGUGCUGACGUAUUUCUCUGGGGACUUGGCCACUGCAGUCGACGAGCACUUCUCCCGAGCACUCACUCAGUCGUUCAGUAAAAGCAGUAAAGAUCCGUGUCCCAUGUCCCAGCGCAACUUGCCAGCCUCCUUCUGGAACAGUCACUACCACGCGGGCAUGUCCGGAUACCCAACGGCAGGAAGCUCGGUGACGCUAACGGGUCACGAAUCGUUGUAUCCGGAUUACUCGAGUCUCCACCACGGGCUCCACCAGAGUGACCCUUGGGCAUACAAUCUGACGGCGGCUGGCCAAUAUGGCCACCACAGGUCCAUGGCCGAUUUCACAUACAUGCCUUCCUCAUCAAGGUAUUCCCACAACUACUCCUCCCUCCUGAUGGGACGACCUCGCCUUCCACAGUGCGUCGUGGGCAAGGCAGACCCUUGGGCAACUGCCCCUAGGCUGCAUGACGACGUAACACUUGACCCAACGGCUGCCUACACCCACCACUUCUCGUCCAUGUCAGGUCUGGAGGGAGCGUGCGCGACGCAGGAGAGCAGCAAAGAUCUCUACUGGUUUUAGCAUGGUUACCUGCCCUACCUUUUGCACCCUGACUGAAUUCGUUGGUGCCGCUGGAAUAGGCUGGAAAGAGAAGCGAAGGUCAACACUGUAUCAUCUGUAUCGAAAAAUAUGCAUUCUAAAUAAGUGCCACGUUGCAGCUGGAAUGUGCUAGAAGACUAUAGGCCUCUGUUAUAUAUUGACGCAAAAUGUGAAGGUUUCGCCAUGAAAAUGAAGAGGAAUUUCGAAUUUCUCAGCUUACUUGUUUUAAGAAAGGCCAAGAAACUUCAGUCAAACUUUAUUUUCUUAUCUGAUAACGAUAUCAAAAUCAUAAGGUCAAAUGAACGUAGGGCUGGUUUGCGUUCCAACGGACAGGGCAAGUGUUGAAUUUUCCGUCUGGAGACUUGAGGGAGGAACUCUGCUCACUCUACGAGCACCAGACGACGCCAAAGGCUUCGAUGUGAACAGCAAUUUGUCUUCAACAGCAACUUUAGAACAAACACGUGGAAGUUAAGCUUCUGAGUUAAUUUCGAGGGAUAAAUGAAAGUAUGUCAGGAAGGAUUCAGUGGCAUAACUCAGAAUUUUUGAGGAGGAAAUAUGUGCACAUCGAGAGCAACGUAUUACUUUACGCUUGAAACACGACGAAAGAACAGUUGAAGUUGGAAUGUGAAAUUCUAUUAUAGAUAUGAUUGUGACUUAUGUAAAUAUAGAAUGAAAAUGAGGAGAGUCACAUCUAUAUAUAUAUAUAUAUAUCUUGCUAACACAUAUUUGGUAUUACUGUAGUGAAUUCAGUGGACAUAGAUGAGGCUUUCGAAGGCGAGGAAUGAGUGAUAAAGAAACAAAGAGUAUCAGUUUGCAGACAUUUCUUAUCAUAGGCGACAGAGAUACCAAUGUGAUAAUGUACAAAGCAUUUUCAUUGCUAAAUGCAAGUGGACGUUACUCAAUACUCAAAUUGCUGUAGGCCGUGUCUAAGUCCUCAAAGGGAUUUUCUUGUAUAUAAGGAUUAAUCGUCCCAUGACAGUUUUUAGAUUAAGAAGGUCACUGCUGAUGAUAUGCGGUAGAUAAUGCUCAUUAGCAGCAACAGUAACAAUACUGAAGCAGAUGGCCAUCUGAAAGAGGUUGAUUUGCUCAGCGCAAUGAUUGAAAGCAUUCAUCACGUUGAUUUGUUCUGAACUUUUUCCGUAAUUUCAUUGGUUAUAUUUCCCUCACAGCAGUCUCUCUCUCUCUCUCUCUCUCUCUCUCUCUCUCUCUCUCUCUCUCUCUCUCUCUCUCUCUCUCCAUUGCGCAUCUUAUAAAAUGAGUACUUGACACAUCAGGUAAUAUUAACCGACAGUAACUCCCUGAACAAAAUGACAGCGAGAACCAUUCGAUGUAUUAGUUCAACACGCGCGCACACACACACGCAC